AUGAAUGACACAGUGGCCCAAUCGAAGCGCCGAAAGCCGUUUCGAGCGUGCUUAUACUGCCGAAGAUCACAUAUGAUAUGCGAUGACCAAAGGCCAUGCACUAGAUGUGUGAGAAGAAACAUAUCUCAAUUGUGCCGCGAUGAAGAAACCGGAGGCAUUGCCGAAAGUGCGGAAAACUCCCGAAAACCCCCGUUUUCCGGUCCAACCGUGGGCAAAACAACUGUCAUGAAUGAACCAAAUGCAUUCCUAGCCCGACAACCCCAGUUUGCCUCUGAGCAUGUCGGCUCGGAGUUUUCGUCCCUCAACGAGUUUUUGCAUAUGCUUGAGGACCCGUUAGUUUUAAAUGGUGAUCCAACUACAACGUUACAAGCACUAUCACAAGCGCCGUUUCAGUCGCAAGUGCCACCGGUAUGGCAGCCGCAACCGAUCCAAUUAAGUGCAGAAAACCAGGCUACCUUCAAACCGACCCUCAAGGAAAAUUUCUUUCUCACUGCGGCUGAUCCCUCUCAGGAGAUGACACCAGAAGACAGACUCAAAUCUGUUAUAAACGCUAAACUAGAAGCUGGCCUGUUGCGGCCCUAUAAUUACGCGGCAGGUUACGCGCGAUUGCAGGCGUACAUGGACAAAAACAUGACAGUUGCGUCUAAACAGCGCAUUUUGAACCCUCUGUCCAUCAUUCGGCCGGAGUUUCGAGCCAUUGCGCGGUCAUUGAAGGAUGUAGAUCUGGUUCUCGUCGAGGAAAGUUUUGAGCGCAUGCUGCUCUCGUAUGACCGCGUCUUCACUUCGAUGAGUAUGCCAGCGUGCUUAUGGAGAAGAACCGGAGAAAUUUACCGAGGAAACAAAGAAUUCGCGUCCUUGGUAGGAUGCAAAGUGGGCGACCUCCGGGACGGCAAGCUUUCGAUAUACGAAGUGAUGACCGAGGAGAGCACGGUCAGUUUCUGGGAAAAAUACGGCUCGAUUGCAUUUGAUAAAGAUCAAAAAGCUGUCUUGACGAGUUGCAAAUUGUGUGCACCGAAUGGAAACCGUCAAACGCCAUGCUGUUUCAGUUUCACCAUUCGCCGAGACAGAUAUAACAUUCCAAUAUGCAUUGUUGGGAAUUUUAUUCCAACGGAGGGAUAG